AAAUCUUGCUGAUUUUUUUGGAAUAACUAAGGAUCCUACUUCAAAUUAUAUGUUUGUUAUGAGAUAUUAUGAGAAUGGUGAUUUACAUUCAUAUCUUGACGAGUCGCAUGGUAUUCUUUGUUGGAGAGAUAUUGUUGAAAUGCUACGGGAAAUAUCCGUAGGAAUUGAACUUAUUCAUAAAAAUGAAUUAAUUCAUGGAAAUCUUCAUGGAGGUAAUAUAUUAGUUGAAAAUGAUUUAGAUACAAUUGAUACACGUAUUGCAGACGUAGGAUUACAUGGCCCAGUUAACAAGAUAAAUUCAAAUGAAAUUUAUGGAGUUCUUCCUUAUGUAGCACCUGAGAUAUUAAAGGGUAAUCCACCAACAAAGGCGUCAGACAUUUAUAGCUUUGGAAUUAUUAUGUGGACACUUUCUGCAGGUAUUCGACCAUGGUGUAAUAAACCACAUGAUCUUAAGUUAGCUAAGGAGAUUUGUUCUGGCCUUCGUCCUGAAAUAAUUGAUGGAACUCCAAAUGUAUAUAUUCAGUUGAUGACGCAAUGUUUGCACUCUGAUUCUUCGAAACGUCCAACUGCAUCCCAAUUAUAUGAAUCAAUCGAAGGUUGGAUAGAUUUUAUUUGUAAUAAUCCAAAUCCAUCCGAAAUAUCUAAUCAAUUUGAUAUGGCUGAAGAGAAAAAAUUUUUAGAUUUAGGAAAAAAUGAAUUUCAUCAACAAGAAAUCCAUUCACAAUCUUUUUAUACAAGCAAAUACUUGUGUUUUCCCGAAUUACAUAACUAUUAA